AUGGGUAGCCCGCCAGGCCCAUUUCGGGCAGACGUUCUGGAACGUGUCAUCAUGUACAAACAAUACGUCUACGAUACCUUUGUUAUGACAGAAAACUUCGAAGAGGCUACAGUAAUUCUGCAGGAACCUAAUAGAUUACAUCCAAACAUUCUGUUCACCAUGGAACCCGAAAUCGAGAACACACUAAAUUUCCUCGACAUUGGCAUGCGAUUCCGUACCACUAAUCCGGAAUCUGAGUUAAAGACACAAUAUCGUAUGCAUCCGGAGCUGCCCAAAUUCUCGAAUAGUGUGUUCUACGACAAUCGGAUCGAAAACGGUGUGUCCGCAGUAGAACGCAAAGCUUGUUCACGAUUUCCCUGGCCCGAUGCAAACAAUCCGACAUUUUGCUAUGCUGUACGGGGUGAAGAAGACAGAACAGCCGAGGACAUGUCGUGCUACAACCCGAAAGAGGCCGAAUCCGUCAAAAUCUUUGUUGUAAAGUACUCACACACACCAGACAGCUAUAUCAAUUGUUGGUCGUUGGUUAUCCGGCUUUAUCAUAUUAGACUGAUUGCUUACAUCAUGCAUGUGGGAUAA